AUACAGGGACUCCAUAAAUGUUUAUUGAAAGCCAACAGCAACAACAACAAAACGAGGUCCCAAGUCCUGACCUCGUAUAUUUUCUGCAAAUUUUAUCAAAGGGGGCUUGGGAAUGCUUGGCUGUUUUCCUCCUUUAUGCUUUCUUAGUGUGUGCAAUUUAAGAUGCAGCUGAGAAAUACCAAAGUCAAGACUGUCUUUGGAAAGUCCUUUAACCAGUGCCAUCCUCUUGGCUGGACAAGUCCUUCGUAUCCAUCUGACACUGACUUUGAGUCUAUUAGCUCUGGAUUGAGGCCAGCCUCACACGUCCACGGUUUCAGUGGCUGGCCACAGAUCUACCUCUAACGGCAGGUGCUAACAUCUGGGGGGGGCUUUUCAGUUUUCAGAGCACCCCCAGAUGUGUUUGCCUCAUUGCAGCCACAGUCCCCUCUUCACCGGGCCUCUGGUGUCUUCACACUUCGCCGGCACAGUUGGCUUUGCAGAAUCGAAACCUUAGUUAAGGUUUGUUGAGGUUUGUUUUUGAAAACUGGCUGUUCCCACCCACAUUCCCUUGAGAUAUAAAUAGCAAAAAAAGAGGUUUAAUUACUAAGGCAAGACAUCCGAGCUCCGUCCACUUGAUCCUUGAAAAGGAAAUCUAAGAGGUUCUUACUAUCGCUUUUUCAAUCCUAUAUAAGGUAGGUCAGCAAGACAGAAAAGGCGCCUCUGUUUUGUGCUCCUUCAGCUCUUUUUCCUGAUUCUUCUUGGAGGAAAAUCGAAAUCGGUGGAAAAUGAGCAUCACAGAUGUCCUCAGUGCUGACGACAUUGCAGCAGCCUUGCUGGAGUGCCAAGACCCAGAUACUUUUGAACCCCAAAAAUUCUUCCAGACAUCGGGCCUGGCCAAGAUGUCAGCCAGUCAGGUGAAGGAUGUUUUUCGUUUCAUAGACAACGACCAGAGUGGCUACCUGGAUGAAGAAGAGCUUAAGUUUUUCCUCCAGAAGUUUGAGAGCGGUGCUAGAGAACUGACCGAGUCAGAAACCAAGUCCUUGAUGGCGGCUGCAGACAACGACGGCGAUGGGAAAAUCGGGGCUGAUGGUAUGUUCACACCUGUACACAGCAUGAGAGACCUGAGCUCAGGCAGCAUCCGGGACAGGGGCCUUAAGCCAGGAGAUGAGACAGACCUGGGGUAAAAACCCCCUUUCUCCACCUUGCUGAGCCUCAGUCUGCUCAUCUGUGAACCAGAACCAAGCCAGGAAGGAAGUCAUGUGUGCAGACUCAGGUGCGAUGCCUGGGGAGGUACACAGAUGCUUGACCCACCGGUCCCUGUCUGUGAACCAGAAAAUGGCCUUCGCCUGACUAGGGGACGAGCCACAUGCCUGGCCGAUUAUCUGCAAGACACCCUAAUGCGCCUUGAAAAUAAUCUCAGGAAUUUCCACCAGUGGGAUUGGAGUCUCUCUGAAUAAGGGAAGGGUUGACCUUUUCAAGUAGGUCUCACAGCAAAGCGUCUACUGGGUGGAGCGAGAAGGCCUCUUUGCUUUCAAGGAGGAAAACAAGUGCAUUCUAUGGGACAUUAGCCCACCCAGCAGACAGGCUUGGAGAACAAAGAAAUCAAGCACCAUCUGUGCAUGCUUCAUGCCCAGAGCCCUAUAUUCAAAUGUGAGUGUAAUUGCAUGGCUGUGGGAUUAUCGUCUUCUGGUUUUGUCACGUUGCUUCCACGCUUCUCACCUGAUUGCGCAUGUCAAUCAGUGGGGCCCUGAUGGGGGGACUAAUUAAAAUUUAAAACCGCGGUUACUGGAGUUACCCUUGUAGCUCAGUGGUCAUGAACCCGACUAGGAUCCAU